CUUUGCUGUGGUUUCUUAAGCGAGUUAGUCAAGUUGUUGAAUAGACUCAUCACUUUUAGACGCGAUGCCAUCGAUUGGGAAGAGUUUGAUCUCAAAUACCAAAGACAAUCGACACAAACCAUACCAUUUCACAGAGAGUUUUCACAUGAGCUCAAGAAAUGGUGGCAACGGUUCUCAAUCACUGCGUUUUUGAUAUCAUUGUUUCCCAUCACUAAAUGGUUGCCAAAAUACAACAUCAAAACGGAUUUGUUUCCCGAUUUUAUUGCGGGAAUUACGAUAUCUAUUCUUCAUAUUCCUCAAGGGAUUGCAUAUUCACUUUUGGCCGGUUUGGAAGCUGUGAACGGUCUGUACAUAUCGUUUUUCCCGGCACUCAUCUAUACAUUUAUGGGCACUUCUCGGCACAUAUCGAUCGGCUCUUUUGCUGUCGCGAGUCUUAUGCUUCACAACACGGCCUCUAAGUUAGGAGCCGUUCCCUUCCGUAUACCCAUUAUUAAUGAGACCACUAAUGAGACGAUUCACACCAAUUGGCCGCCCACUCAAUUGGAGGCACUCACCACUGUUUGCAUCACAACUGGAUUAAUACAAAUAGCAAUGGGUUCGCUGUGUUUGGGCUCAUUAUCGCUCAUACUCUCUGACCAUUUAGUAUCGGGUUUCUCAACGGCAGUGGCCUUUCAUGUGUCCACCUCUCAGAUCAACUCAAUCCUCGGUCUCUCACUUCCCAACCAACCGAGCGGUCCCUUCAAACUUAUUUAUAAUUGGAUUGAAAUCGUGAAAAGCAUUCACAAAACCAAUGUCUCGACUCUAAUAUUCUCGUUAAUAAUGAUUUCAAUUCUCGUAAUAUUCAAAGAAUGGGCGGAACCGAGGAUUAAAAAGCGAUUCUCAUUCCCGAUACCAAUCGACUUAUUAGUGGUUAUAUUCUCGACUCUCAGCGCAUGGAUUAUUGAUGUAAAUCAUAAAUACCAAGUUGUUGUGAUCGGAUCAGUGCCCACGGGACUACCGGACCCAACAAUCCCGCGCCUGGACUUUGUGGGCGACAUAUUGAUCGACUGUGUAAUCAUAGGAGUGGUCACGUUUGCCGUAUCGCUGUCUUUGGCCAAAAUAUAUGCUAAAAAACACAAAUACGAUAUCGACCCAAACCAAGAGCUCAUAGCUCUGGGCUCUGCUAAUGUGUUUUCCUCCUUCUUCUUGGCAUAUCCGGCGUCGGCCGCCCUCUCCCGCAGUACUAUACAGGAAAAGAUCGGCGGAAAAACACAAAUCGCUGGCAUUUUCUCAUGUCUUGUCAUUCUCUGUGUCCUCUUAUUAUUGGCUCCAUUUCUCUAUCAUUUGCCAAAAUGCACUCUCGCCUGUAUUAUAUUAGUUGCAUUGAAAACAAUGUUUAUGCAAAUCGGAGACUUCAAGAGGAUUUGGUUAGUUUCUAAAUUGGAUGCGACUGCAUGGAUGGUAACAUUCCUGUCAGUUAUAUUCUUAGACGUGGACUUAGGACUCAUUGUUGGCAUUUGUAUAUCAAUUCUUGUGAUUCUCAUUAGACUCGUAAAGCCCACGUAUUCCCUGUUGGGUUGUCUGCCUUCCACUGAAAUCUAUGUCGACAUUAAGAAUUGGUGGCGAAACCCAUCGCCUUCUUGUACGCCAAAUGAGUUAAUAGACAUCAUAACAAAACCAAACGGCGGCUAUUAUGUGGUGCCCACCGAACCCUUCAACGAAGUCUUUCCUCGACUUUAUAUCAGCGAUGGAACGACAGCACUCUGUCUGUCACUUCUUCGGCGAAUGGGAAUAACUCAUGUUCUAAACGCCAGUUGGGGUAAAGACAAGUCGUUUUGUUUGGUCAACACAUCUCAAGAGUUUUACAAGAGCUCUGACAUCGAUUUCCUUGGCGUCGAAGCACUCGAUAUAUCGAUAUAUCCUUUAUAUAAACACUUUGGAAAAUCGGCUGAAUUUAUACACGAAGGUCUGAUUGGCGGCGGAAAAGUGUUGGUCCACUGCGGGGAAGGCAUCAGCCGAUCGGCCACUCUUGUGUUGGCGUAUCUGAUGAUCAAAUGUGGUUAUACCGCUCAGGAGGCAGUGGCACACGUCCGCACACAUCGAUCCAUAUUUCCCAACAUUGGUUUUCUGCGACAAUUGUGUGAACUUAACGAUCAACUGAACCACAAAAAGUCC